CCGCUCCGCCCCGGCCGCCGCCGAGGAGCCGGGCGGCGGGGACGGGACGGGACGGGACUGCGGGGCCCAGCCCGGCCCGGCCCCCGGUUGUGUCCCAGCAGCAGGUGCCCGAGAUGCUGAUGUGAUGCUCACUGCUGCUGGCUGUAGUGGGAGCCGUGCUCGUCCACAGGGCUAUGGGGAAACUGCAGAGUAAAAUCAGCUUCAGCACCUCCAAAUAUAGGGCUGAUGGCUCCGUGGAAGGGACAGGACCUGUUCGAGCCGUUCAGCAGCAUGGCCCCACACACACCGAUGCCGUCACUUCUGUGGCUGCUCUCAAACCAGACCUCUGUGUGUCAGGAGGAAGGGAUAAGAGCGUGGCUGUUUGCAGCUGGAGAUCCGGGGCUGCGCUGCGGCGGUUCAUCGGGCACAAGCGGGAGGUCACCAAGGUCACCUCUGCUCUUGACUCAAACAGAGUCUUCAGUGCAUCCCGGGACAAGACGGUGAUGAUGUGGGAGCUUCAUGGGACUUCAGGGCCAAGCCAGCACUUCCCAGGACAUGACCUGGUUGUUACUGGACUGGCUGUGAGCCCGGAUGGCUCCCAGCUGUGCACGGGUUCACGAGACAAUACCAUGUGCAAGUGGGACACAGAGACCGGAGAGUGUCUGGGCAGAACCGCUAUCUCCAGGAAUCUGGUCACACAUCUGUGCUGGGUUCCUGGGGAGCCUUACGUCAUCCAGACCUCAGAGGAUAAAACAAUCAGGAUCUGGGACAGCCGGGAGCUGCAGGUGGCACACACAUUUCCAGCCAAGCGGCACAUUCAGACGUGCUGUGACGUGAGCCAGGACGGGCGGUACUGCCUCAGCAGCAGCAGCGGCUCCGCUGGGGAGGGGGGCGAGGCAACCCUGUGGGACCUACGGCAGACAAGGAACCGAGUGUGCGAGUACAAAGGGCAUUUCCAGACCACAACCUCUUGCGUUUUCCUUCCACGGGACCCAGCUCUCACCCCCAGGAUUGCCACAUCCUCCUAUGACAGCACAGUGAAGGUCUGGGACCAAGACACUAGAGCCUGCCUGGCCACCUUGUGCCUCGAGGGAUCAGGACCACUGGCCUCGCUGGCCGCCUGCGACAGCUCCACGCUGCUUUGUGCCAGUUUUAACUCGGGAAUUCACGUACUCCAGCUGAGUGACUGUGCAGACCUGGUGCUGGCAGAGGUGGCAGUGUUUUGACCACAGUAACCUUUCCAGCAGAGGCUGGCCUGCGAGGGGAUGGGAUUCACUGAGAGCCUCCCCCUGACUGCAAGCACCAGAAGACCUUGCACCUGUGGAGCAGUGAUGUGUGAUCAGUGGGGCAGGGGGAUGUAUUGGUUUCAGUUUGGGGGUGGGGGCAGGAAGGCACUAGAGCUGUCUAGAAGAAAAGCCAGAUCAUGGACGCAUUCAGGCCAAGUUCUUACACCUGAGCAAGCCUCAUGCAUUUUAUUUACAAGACCUCCACGCAGGCUAGCUGCACAUGAUGGGGGUUAAGGGAAGAGGUGAGCUGAGAAGCCAAGGAACAGCACUGAAGGGUGCCAGGGCACGGGGCAGGGAAUGCUUGGCCUCCUUCCCCUUGCUCCAGUUGAGUGGAGCUGAAGACGGUGUGACAGAAACCCCGCACUGGGAUUUAUACCCCAGGAACAACGUGAGUGUAAAUACAGAACAUUCACUGCUGCCUAAAAUUUCAUCCCAAGCCAACUAGAAAGGUGGGAGCCUGCUGGGCGACUGCUGGGACAGGAUUGUCCCAUGAAUGGCAACCUGAUGAGAAACACCCAGGGGGAGGGUUGUCCUGGCUGCGGGGCUGGGAGCCCCCUGCACCGCUGCCAGGCUCAGACAGUCCCUUUAGCUGACACUUUAUGAGUUGCUUAAGAACCAGCUUGAGCACACAUAACUGGGUACCUCUAGGCUUAUACAAGAGGAGACUGCAAUUAAAUAUUUUUCUGUUAGUUGCUGGCCUCUCAUCCCAUAGGAUUUUCCCUGGGAAUAAAUAAGAGCUAGCACCCAGCAUGUAGCAGAUGCCACUAUACUACUUGGAAGGGAGGAGAAAGCCCACAAUACUCUGCUAGAAGUAACUUGUGAGUGGGUUUGGUUUUGUUUUUUUUUUUUUUUUUCCUUAAAACAUGAUCUCCAACUGCACUGCAAGCGUUGAGAACAGAACUGUGUUCACUCCCAAGGAGCACAGACAGCUGCUCUCCAGCUGGCAACAGGGAAAGGAAUGGGUCUUCUCUUUUCUCCUGAAGGUUUUUUACGAUAGCAGACAGAAAUCAAACUGUGUUGUGAAGUACCUGUAAUUUCUCCAUUCCUUAGUCAGACCCAGGGGCUAGCGUGCACAUUCAAAACAUGUUUUGAUUUUCCAGAACACAAAAUUUGCAAAACCUCAAUUUAAAGAAUAAACAACAAAUAAGAAAGCUCCCCACAGUGUAAAUUAGAACAAGACAAUCCAACACUGAAAUAGCCUUAUUCAUAUUAUCCCAGGUGACACACAGCAAAAACUCAACCAGGAGAUGCCUACAUGGAUUUGAAACACCUGGUUCAUGAGAUCACAAGACCUAGCUCAAAGAGCUAGGACAUGAGAAGGUACAUGGAAAAGAAAAAUUUCCCUGGCCUUCAACAUCUACUGUGAGUGCAUACAAAGGGGAUGCUGACCUCCACAUUCAGAGACUACCUUUGCAGAGGCAGGGGAAGCAGGGUACCAUGUUCCUCUAACUCUGACAGCUAGUUUUUCUUUCUUUAAAUGCAAAUCAAGUUUGAAGCCACAGACUCCUGCCAAGGGAUCCUGGAAAAUGGAAGGUAAGAAGGGUAUUGACAGAGGCUGAACACCACACCAAAGACGAGGUGUUGUGUGGCUACCUACAAGUGUUUGAAACAGACUGGAGAAAAUCUGGGAGCCUAACUUGGAAGGGAAGGUGGAUGCAGAUGGAUCAUCUCCAAAUUACAGCAGACAGCAGUAUCUGCAGUAUAAAAACAGUCCUAAGAAGUGGAAAAACAUCACCCAAGAUUUGACUCCAGCUAAGCCCUGGCAAACUCAGGUGCUUCAAAACCACCUCAACCCAAGACCAGCCAGUGACUACAGCUGCCAUAAUGCAUGUUGCAGUAGCCGAUUCCUUUUUUUCUUUAAUAUAAAAAAAGCAAGUCUUAGUUCAAAGCCCUUAACGUCUCUGUUCCAGUUCAUCAGCAGCACCUCUGAGCUACUCCGCUGUCCACAACUUGAAGGUUCUGUCAUAGGAGCAGGUCGCUAUCAGCUGGCCGUCAAGGGAGAUAUCCAGUCCCAUCACCUUUCCCUCGUGACCAGCCAGCGUUUUCAAAGGGGACCAGCCGGGGUGAGUCCAGAUCUUCGCGGUGUUGUCGUAAGCACCCGUGAGCAGGAAGUUACCAUGAUUGGCUGCAGUAGAGGAUGAGAAAAAAGGGAGAAGUGAGAUUUGCAAAUAAAACCAUGACAGAUCUUCUA